CCCGUGUUUUUAUAUCAAACGUUGCUUCACAUGGUGGAAAGCCUGGUGACUUUAAGAUUUGUGGUCAAAAGCUUCCUCCUCCUGUUUACUCAGAUGGAAAUUUCCUUCAAGUGACAUUUGAAUCCCGCGCCACCGUAAACAAAGGAUUCAAUGCCUCUUUUGAGGCGAUAGAUAGAGACACACUGUGUCCUACAGAUAUGAUCCUUGAUGAAAUGUCAGGUUCUUUCUCCUCUCCGUUCAAUCCAAGAAACUAUCCAUUCAACCAGACAUGUAGCUGGAAGAUUAUAGGGAAACAAGGAUACCGUGUUGAGCUCACAAUACCAGACUAUAAUCUUGAACGUUGUGGUGGCGCCGCGUGCUUGUGUGAUUAUAUGGAAGUUCAGAAUAGCUUCAGUGAUAAAGCGCUGCCUGGAAAACUAUGUGGCACACCAAGGUUUAGUCCUGUAAGAUUUUAUUCACUGCACGAAAGCCUGAGGGUGGUGUUUGUGUCCGAUGAUACAAACAUGGAUUAUAACGGAUUUCGGGCAACUUACAAGCUGUUGAACUACAGUCCUCCAAUUUGUCCCAAGGAGGCAAUCCCUCUCUCAGGCAGCGGGAAAAUAAGCAGUACAAACUACCCAAAGAGUAACUACACUGCGUCUAGAAAUUGUACCUGGAACAUUACCGCGCCAGCUGACAAAAUUGUCAAGUUUACGUUUACUGACUUUGUCUUAAGUGAGUGUUCAGCCAAUAAUUGUUCGGAUUCUUGUUCUUAUGUGGAGCUUUAUGAUGGUGGGUCAACAAGUUCGCCUUUGCUGGGGCGAUUUUGCCAGGGGUCGUCUUGGAAUGAGACUCAGUUGUCGAGUGGAAACCAAAUGUUUGUGAUGUUCCAUCCUGGAAAAGCAGUUGCUCGUGGAUUUGAAGCGAAAUAUGAAUCCACAACGACCGGUGGUAAGAAGUAUUGCCAAAGGAAACCGGAUCUUGUCGCGGCCAUUUACGGAGGCGACGAAGUAAUCCGCGGAGUCAACGAAACCAUCAUGAUGAACGCAUCAUUAUCAUACGACCCUGAUGUCGGACAAGGCAACCACUCAGGAAUGAGCUUUACCUGGUAUUAUGGUGAGAUCAAUUGUAACCUCUCCGGACGGGGUUGUAAAACAAAAGAUGUCUUCACAGGAGUAAACGAGUCAACGAUCCACUAUUCUAGGAACGCCUUUGGUGUACAAAUGAUCUUAAAUACUUCAGCCAUGUCUCCAAACAAGACAUACAUAGUGAAACUGGUCGUGACCAAGGACUGUCGCAACGCAAGCGCUUAUCAAAUCAUCCAUAUGAAGAAUUUUAACCCCUUUCAAAUAUCCCAAAGUUUCCUUAUAAACCACGAACUCAAGGUCGUCAGUCCGUCAGUUAAGCUCAGUGUCCAGGCAGAAUGCCAGGGAUCACAGUGCUCUGAAAUAUCUUCCUAUGAAUGGAUUCUCUACGAGCUCUACAGGUGCAAUUCGUCAGUUGUAUGGAGGAAGCAAGAUUUACAGCCUAUCACUGAUACGCCGCUCGGUUCAAGCUACAUAGUAAUCAAGGAAGGAUCCCUUACUGGUGGAGAGAACUACCGCUUGAAACUAUUCGCGACAACUAGAGACGGUUUACAAGGGAUGAGUGCUUACGACUUCACCACCGCGUUACCCCCUACAGGGGGGAUAUGUGGGAUAAAUCCGUCAAGCGGCAUCUCACUAAAAACCGAUUUCAACCUGACUUGUAUUGACUGGAAAAGUGAUCAGAAUCCUCUGUCCUACAAAUUUCAUUAUCAACUAGAGAAUGGUGCGCGCAGCAUGCUAUAUCAAGGCUUGAACAACAGUGUUAUCUCUUGGCUACCGUCCGGCGACAUUUUAACAGACUAUUCUAUAAAGCUCAUCCUUACAGUGACUGAUAAAGUCGGUGCGUCUGCCCCUGCCGUUUACCUAUUGGUCAAGGUUAAGCCUCCACAGUCUUUGGGAAUAAAAAACGUCUCUGGCAUUCUCACAGCAAAUGACAGCUCAUUUAAUGAAGCCAUUAACAAUGGAGACUUGGAUAAAGCUGCACAAAUAGCAAACUCUGUUCUCCAAAUUAUUUCAACUGAUACUAAAAUGGAUUCACAAGAUAAAGCUAGGAUUCAAGAUUUAGUCAUCAAGAGGAUUGUCUCGCUGAAAGUGAAAAGCAUCUCAGCGCUGCUCCAAAGCUCCUCUGUGAUUUUUUCUGCUCUACGGGUGGCGGAGAAAGUGUCUCACAAGUCACUGGAAUCAUCCCUGACUGCUAUUCGCUCGAUGACCUCACUUCUCUGGAGGACUUCCUAUUCUAAAAACGUAGCUGAAAUUCCUCUGGUACCUCAAUCUGCACACAACUUAGCUUUGUGUCUUGAAAACGUGGUAAAAGCAGGAGCAGUGAGUGCGUCAAGUCAUGAAAGUUUAAAUAUCCAGGAACAGGGUAAAUCAUUGGUAAAUACUUCUAUGAAGGUCCUUGGUGAAGUUUCGGCCGCAGUGCUGGCUCUAAAGGUGCCGGAUGAAAAUAUGACAUCGAUCACAACGAGAGAACUGUCCAUGACAUUAGGGCGACACACCCCUGAGAGACUUGCAGGGUUGGAGAUAAAAGGAGGAAAUGGUCGGUUCAUUUUCCCGCCGAACAGAACAGAACUAGUUCCCAAAAAUAACGGAACACGUUUCGUUGAUAUUCAGGAUUCGCAGAGAGCUUCCCUUUUCUAA